GUUUUCAAAUUAUGUUGCAAAAUUUUGCAAGCAAUGCUUGAUAUGUGCACAACAUAAUGCAGGUCAAGGUAUCAGACUAACUCAAGCAGCACACCCAAUACCAGACAAACCAUUUGAUCACCUCCAAAUGGACUUUAUUGAACUGACACCUAGUGAAGGGAAAAGGUACUGCCUGGUAAUAGUUGACAUGUUUUCAAAAUGGGUAGAAGUAUUCCCCACAGCUAAACAAGACUCAGAGGCAGUAGUCAAAGCACUCCUGAGAGAUGUAAUUCCUAGGUGGGGUAUACCUAGCAAAAUCUCAAGUGACAAUGGAACACCCUUUGUUAAUGCAGCCCUAAAGAAAAUAGGAGCAUUCCUAGGGAUAGACCUGAAACAACAUUGUGCCUAUCAUCCUGCCAGUGCGGGAGCAGUAGAGAGGGAAAAUGGGUCACUUAAAAAUAAACUAAGCAAAGCUUGUGCAGAAACAGGGCUAGGAUGGACAAAGGUCCUCCCUGUAGCACUCACACAAAUGAGGAUGCAAACUAGGCCUAAACAUGGGUUAAGCCCAUUUGAAAUUCUGUUUGGACGAGUACCCAACAUGGGGAUAGGGCUAGCUCAAGGAACACUGCCGGACACCACACUGUGUGAUGAUGCAAUGUUGAAUUACUGUGCAACGUUGUCCUCUGCUUUGAAAUCUAUCCACAAACAGGUAAAAGAAGCACUUCCCAAACCCGCUGAGGGACCUCUGCACGAUCUACAACCAGGGGAUUGGAUCGUGGUGAAGGAUUUCCGACGAACCAAGUGGAACAAGCCACGGUGGAACGGCCCAUUCCAGGUCCUGCUCACGACCCCAACGGCAGUGAAAGUCACAGGCAGAGUGACGUGGAUCCACGCUAGCCACUGCAGGAGGGUUCCUGAACCGGCUAAGCAGGAGGGAAAAGAAGGCCUAAGUGACCCAGAUGCUGACUAAAGCUCGAGGAGAAAGAAGUGUUAAUUAAGUACAUCUGAGGACAGAACCCCAACCAUAAGGUGGGACAAGUGGUAACCCGAGACUCAGG